AUACCAACUCGUCCGACGAGCUAAACCAUGGCUUCGGAUAUGAAUUGCUGCAAUUUCAAAUGGAAGAUUUGCAGAAUAGACAAAAUCAAAUGUUGGAGGAGUUGUCCCAAAUUAGGGAUUCCACAAGAGUUACGCUCGAAAAACAGAACUCAUUCCUGGAACGACUUUUGAGUGGUGUAUUGACGAUUGCUGAUAGCACCACCCGUGAAAAGCCUUUGACAGAUUGCAGAUUAGCAAAUUCUUCAGGUUUGUACCAGAUCCGUUGCGAUAAAUGUUCGUCGCAUUCCCCAGUUUUGUGUGAAAUGGAUUCGUUUGACGGUGGAUGGUUGGUGGUUCAACAUAGGUUUGAUGGGUCCGUUAAUUUUACCAGAUCCUGGAAGGAAUACCAAAGUGGAUUUGGACUGGUCGGUAAAUCGACCGAAUUUUGGUUGGGUCUGAAGCUGCUACAUCUGAUCACUACCAGUGGGGACUAUGAACUGGUGAUCGAGUUGAAGGACAAGAUUAAUGGUUACGGGUACGCUCAUUAUUCAGAUUUCAAGGUUUCUGACUCUUUGAGAAGGCAAACCGAUUUUCAAUUUACAACGUUUGAUAACGAUAAUGAUAACCAAGCUCAAAACUGUGCCAUUGAUUACUUAGGAGGCUGGUGGUACGGCUCCUCUGCCUGUGGUUCCUCUGAUCUCAAUGGGAAAUUCACCGGAAACGCAGACGGUUAUGGAAUCUAUUGGGAAGGAAGGCCUAAAGCUUCAACAUUCAGCCGGAUGAUGAUUCGCCGUAAAUAGCGAUUACAAUUUUUUUUAUUAAGGAAAAAUAAUAAGUAAGCUAUGUAAUAUUUAUGCAA